AUGUUCUGCUCACAGCGCUCGCCUAGUCCAAGCUGGCUGGUGCUGCUGGCCCUCAUCUUCACCAGCUUCCUCACCUUCAACCAUGUAUCCGCCCUCGACAUAGCCUACUGCUCCACGUUGAAUACUGCGUCAACAAACAAGAAUUCCAGCAUAUACCAGUCGAAUGGCCUGUGCAGGGGAUUCUGUGUCGAUAAAUAUGCUUUCGCAAUAGUUCAAGAUGAUGGAUGCUGGUGCUCGGAUUAUGUUCCAGCCAGCACUGCCGACGGCUGUAGCAAGAAAUGUCCCGGAUACCCUCCCGAUCUAUGUGGUGGCAACGGCGUCUUCGGGUACAUAUCUCUAACAAAACCACCUGCGGGCACGAAAGGAAGCAGUGGGACAACUGAAUCGGACAAAUCAAGUACAUCGACGACUUCUACCCGAGCCCCUACCACGUCGUCGACAUGGACUCCAACACCAGUAGUUUCUCUUGAAACGGUCACUGGAGAAGUCAGAACUGUGACAGUCACCCCGACAGUCCCCCCAAAUUCGGAGUCUCAAAACUCAGUCUCGAAGGAUACGAAGAAUAAACUUGGUACUGGAGGUGCAGUCGGCCUCGCAAUUGGUCUCGUCGCUCUAGUCGCUCUCGUCAGCUUUCUGGUGUGGUUCUGCCUCCGAAAACGAAGACAAGACAAAGCCGAGGCCUACAACGACGUCAGCGGAAGAGGAAGCGCUGCGGGUCUUGGAGUUACCGAUAGUCUGGGAGGCACGGGGCCAUCAAGGACGAUGAGUGAGAACUCACGUUACGUCCUUGGAACCGAUGGACGGCAGGUGGUGGAAACCUGGGAACGAGACCAGAGCCAACCGGGUGCUAGGAAUAGCCGGUUGAUGCCCGUCGACCCCCGAUUAGAUCCCUUUGCGCCUGUGUACCAGCGCGGCGGUCUGAACAAGAGCCGAGAAAGUGUCAACACCAUUCAAGACAACCACGAUUACUCGAGACGAGUGGCACCGAACGGGCCUAUCCUCCGAGCACUAAACCCCGAUGAUGACUGA